AUGCCGGCCGCUGCUUGGCUCACCCACACGUGUCGUCGCGGCGCGGCGCUGCUUAAUCGCGCCUGGCAGGUCUACUCGCGGCUGCUGGCGGCAUUCAGGGACCCCUCUGCGCCGCCCGGCCAGCCGGCCCCGCUGCACAUCGUGCCCUUUGCUGGCGCUGGCGCGGGCUUCGCGCUGUCGCUGAUCCUGGGACCCACGGAGCUGCUCAAGUGCCGCCUGCAGACGACCAGCCACAAGGCGGGGCCCUCCGAGAUCCUGCGGCACGUUAUUGCAGAGGAGGGCCUCAUGGGCCUGACGCGGGGGCUCGGCGCGACGUUCAUUCGGGAGGUUCCUGGCAACGCCCUGUUUUUCACCACGUACGAGUGGCUGCGGCGGACAGAGUGGCUGGGCAGUGGCAGCGGCGGCAGAAGUAGAGAAGCGGGCGGGGACAACAGCAGCAGCAGCAACAGCAGUAGCAUCAGCAAUAACAGCAGCAGCAGUUGCAGCAGUAGCAGCAGAAGUAGCAACCGCGCCGUGGAGCAGCUGUGGGCGGCCGCCAGGGGCGCAGGAUCCGCCAUCGUGUGCGGGGGCCUGGCAGGCGUUGCGAUGUGGGGCACCAUCCUGCCGCUGGACGUGGCCAAGAGCCGCAUCCAGGUGGCGCGCCCAGGCGGCCCCUGGGAUGUGGGCGUCGCCGCGCACCUGCGCAUGCUGUGGGCCGAGGGCGGGGCGCGGGCGCUCUGGUCGGGGCUCACGCCGACGCUGGUCGUGGUCCACGCCAGCGACGAUGAUGCUGUGCUGACGCGCGCCAUGCUUGGCGAGUUCACCGGCAGCACAAUCUUCCAGCUCAUCGGAUCCGCCGCCGCGGCCGGCGGCGCCGGGGCCGCCAUCGCAGCCAACAGCCUCGGCCUUAUACCCCUGAUAUAUGCGUUUGCGGCGAUCAGUGGUGCGCACUUCAACCCGGCGGUUUCAUUUAUGUUCCUGCUCAAUGGGACUUUCAACUUCAAGAAGUUUCUGUCCUACGCAGUGGCCCAGAUCGCGGGCUGUGUGCUGGGGGCGCUGCUCUGCACAGUCCUCCUCCCGGGCGUCACAGUUGGCAUGGGCGCCGCCGGGCCUGGCGCCUGGGCGCCGGCUGCGGGUGUCGCCGCGACCGCCAUUUUCGGCUGGGAGUGCAUCAUGACAGCCUUCCUCUGCAUCACUGUCAACAACACCUCGCCCGGCAAGCCCGGCGCCAGCGUCGCAUCGCCCAUCGGCGUCGGCCUGGUGGUCAUGGCCUCCGCCCUCGCCUGCGGCGCCCUGACCGGCUCCCUCCUGAACCCGGCGCGCGCGCUGGGGCCCGCGCUGGUCUUCCAGCACCUGGGGGCCGGCACGGUGGCGCUCUACCUGUCAGCCCAGCUCGCAGGUGCAGCCCUCGCGAGCACGCUGUGCCAGGCGCUCGGGGGCGGCGACGAGCCCAGGCGCGCGGCCAGGGCUGCGGCGUGA